AUGCGCCCGGGGUCAACCAUCAGAAAAUGGGUGGACAUGGGGGCUGCUGAUUGGCUGAGGACCAAUGGAUGGAACCCCCACCACGACACCGUCAUCCUGAUCCACGGCUACGGCGGCCAGGAAGGCUCCUUCCCCAUGGUCGUGCUACGCGACGCGUACCUGUCCAAUGGCCGAUACAACGUGUUCACCGUGGACUGGGGGUCCCUCUGCCAGCCGCCGUGCUAUGCUGCAGCCGUGCACAACAUGAAGCCCGUGGCACGAUGUGUGUCGCAUCUGUUCACCUUCCUGAGGGACAGCGGCGUCUUGCUGCACAGGACGACGUGCGUCGGCCACAGUCUGGGGGCGCACGUGUGCGGGUUGGCAUCCCUGAACCUCUUCUUCAGGAUGCACAGGAUCAUAGCCCUGGACCCGGCGCGUCCUCUUGUUUGGGGCGCCAACAAACUGAGAGACGUGGACGCCAACGUGGUGCAGGUGAUCCACACGAAUGCCGGCCAAUUCGGCGAGGCCGGCCGCCUGGGCACCGUCGACUUCUGUGUGAACGGCGGUAGAGUGCAGCCCACCUGCUUCAAUAAAACAAACGUGGCGCUGUGCAGUCACGUGACGGCAGUGUGUUACAUGGCGGAGAGCGUCAAUCCCGCGACGGCUCGCGUCGCUGUCCCUUGCAGCAGCCGACGUUGUCUCAGCGGCUCCAGGCGUCCAGACGCUUAUACGGGGAUGGGUGAGCCCGUUGUGAUGGGGCAGCACACCCCGGACAGAGCCACAGGGACCUUCUGCGUGUCCAACGAGGACGAGCCAUUUUGCCCUGCAGCAGCUGGGGCCGUCGGAGACGUCAGAUGUUGCAGUCACAGAUGGAUCUAAUGAACAUCGGAUGUGUGUUACUUCAGAGACGCCGAGCGUCGCAUGCAAAUACGAAACUGUUUAAUGCAUUUCAGCAAAGACAGCCAACUAAGCGAUCCACUUCUUGGUCGUUGUCUUCCAAUAAGGGCCUAUAUGGAUGUGCUCCUGAAAAGAAAAAUCCACGUAAAGCGAAAACAUUUUCCACACAAAUUAAAACGAAAAAUCCGACGGUCACGUUCCUGUGAAACUUGGUAACCUAUUUCGGCAAUUAAGGCAAAUUUAAAAUUUCAGUGAGAAGAGGGAACAAAUCUACCUCGUAAAUGAAGUUGCCACUCAGGAAAAUGAUUCUUGAUGUAACAUACUGACCUAAAAUUAAGAAAGGCGUCGACAUUACGGCAUGGAAAAUGCAUAUUCUUGAGUAGCCUUUGGUUACUGUAGUUUGGUUCUAAAAGUAUAAAGACUAUGAAUAAGACUGGCACAUAAUGUUACAAUUAUUAUAAUUAACCACUUAAUUCUCUUAGACGAAAAUAAAUAUUUGAGGACA